AUGGCAGAGGCCGCAGAGCUUUCCAAAUUUCCCAAGGAGAUUAUGGUGGAAGUCCUGUCAAGGCUCCCUCCAAAAUCUCUGAUGAGAUUUAAGUGCGUCUGUAAGUCAUGGCAAUGUUCGAUCAGUAACUCAAACUUCGCAGCCAAACACCUCUCCGCUUCGAAACGCAACGAACACCCAUCCUCCACCACCAUCGUUUUAAAACGUUGUGACGGAGAUGACAUCCACGCUGGCAAAAAGGAGGUUUUACUGUCGUUCUUCGAUCUUUGCCAAAGAUUAGAUGGUGACAAUAAUGAUCAUGAACUCCGUCCUAUUCUUGAGGAUCUCUACAGUCCUCUAUCUCCGGGUGUGGUAGAUUGGCAACGUUUUUGUGUAAGUAUUUCAGCUCAUUGUGAUGGAAUACUAUGUCUAACAGAUGGUGUAGAAUACAUUGUUUUAUGCAAUCCAGCAAUCAAGGAGUUCAAGUGUUUGCCAGUGCCUUCCCCGAAAUUAAAUUCAUGUGGUGGCGGAUUUGGUUAUGAUCUCAAAUCGAAAGAUUACAAAAUCGUUCGAAUUUUAGAUAAUGGGAAUGAAGAGUACAAGGAUGGUAUGCGUCAGCGUGUUGUUAAUCAUCCUCCCGCAGCACAAAUAUACAACCUUCUUACAAGUUCUUGGAAAGAAAUCAAAAUUAUUGAUAAUUUAAUAACGAAAACUACUAUAUAUUGGCCCCAGUCUCAUUCCAUAUACCGUAAUGGUAUUCUUUACUGGUGUGGACGUGAAGGAUUCCGACAAGAGAAUUACAUUAUCACUGACUAUUCAGAGCAUGAAGAGGAUGAUGUAAGUGAAUUGAAAGACUGCGUUAUUUCAUUUGAUAUAGGGAACGAUGCAUUUCAAGUUAUAUUGGCCCCAGAUGAUUGUAAUUUAUCUGAUUGUGGGUUUGGAUUAUGGAACGAAUCUAUUGCUUUCUGUACUCGUCGUCCUUGGAGUCCUCAUCCAUCAACGGAGGAGAUUCGGGAGAUUUGGGUAAUGGAUGACCUUGGUGGUGGUGAGGGUUGUUGGACUAAAUACUUGACGUUUGAGCCGGUAGUAACUGACAUUUACCGACAAUUGGGAGUGUUUUGGUACAAUGAGCAAUUAGUUACGGUCUUCAGAUCCAAGCGGGGUGUAAUCUUUCAAGAAGUUUUCACCAAGUUUAAACAUCUUCCUCUGAACACCGGGGUGAUGGAUUACGGUCAAGCUUUCCAAUUACGGGGAGUAUAG